UCCCUAUCCAACUUUCUCUGGCGCAGAAAGCUGCGAAGCACGAGCAGUAUCUCACCAAUGGCGUCGUCGCUCUCGUCCCUCUCGUCAAUCCUGAACCAGCCUCACUGUGCUCUGCGCCUGAAGCUCCAGAGACCAUGCUGCUUCACUCUCAGGUUUCUCAAUUGGAGACCAGAAAAGUCCAGCUUCCGCUGCUACCACCACCACCAGCCGACGCCUCGGCCGCAAAGGAGGAGUCUUGGUCCCAAUUUCUCCAGAAGCUUCUCUCAGUCUAACCCUAACCUUUCUUCUCUCCCGAACCAGUCUGAGGGCCCGAGCCUCCGCUUCUUCGUCGCUCAGGCUGCUCUCACCACUUCUGAAGCCCAGCCCCAGAAUGUAACAGCUACGGAAGUUUCAGAAGUUCCUCCAAUGGGCCGUAUCUAUCAUGAGACUUAUGGGUGUCAAAUGAAUAUUAAUGAUAUGGAGAUCGUUCUGUCUAUUAUGAAGAAUGCUGGGUAUAGUGAAGUUGUUGAUGUUCCUGAGAAUGCAGAGGUUAUUUUCAUUAACACUUGUGCUAUUAGGGACAAUGCCGAACAGAAGGUGUGGCAGCGGCUUAAUUACUUUUGGUUUCUCAAAAGGCACUGGAAGAGCAAUGUUAAAAUAGGGAGGUCGCAGUCCAAACGCCCUCCAAAAGUUGUAGUUUUGGGAUGCAUGGCCGAGAGGUUAAAGGACAAGAUACUAGAUGCAGACAAAAUGGUUGAUGUGGUUUGUGGGCCUGAUGCAUACAGAGACUUGCCAAGAUUAUUAGAAGAUGUGGACUAUGGGCAGAAAGGAAUCAAUACUCUUCUUUCACUGGAAGAGACUUACGCUGAUAUUAGUCCGGUUCGAAUUGCUAAAAAUUCAAUUAGUGCUUUUGUUUCAGUUAUGAGGGGUUGCAACAAUAUGUGCUCAUUUUGCAUUGUUCCUUUCACAAGAGGCAGAGAGCGCUCACGCCCUGUGGAAUCAAUUGUGAGGGAGGUGGCAGAGCUUUGGGAAGAAGGUGUGAAGGAGGUAACACUGCUAGGCCAGAAUGUAAACAGCUAUAAUGAUGCCUCUGAGUAUGAAAAAGAAGUUGAAACGGGAACCAAUUGGAGAUAUAGUGAAGGCUUUUCCAGCAUGUGCAAGGUGAAAAAAGUAGGUUCUCGUUUUGCUGAUCUCUUAGAUCGACUUUCCACAGAAUUUCCAGAGAUGAGAUUUAGAUACACAUCCCCGCACCCGAAAGAUUUCCCUGAUGAGCUACUGUAUAUAAUGAGAGACAGACCCAAUGUUUGCAAAUCUAUCCAUUUGCCUGCUCAAACUGGAAGUAGCACAGUGCUAGAAAGAAUGCGUCGGGGCUAUAGCCGUGAGGCAUACUUAGAUCUUGUGCAAAAGAUUCGGAGAAUUAUUCCAGAUGUGGGCAUCAGCAGUGAUUUCAUAUGCGGGUUUUGUGGGGAGACAGAGGAGGAACAUGCAGACACACUGAGCCUUGUAAAGGCUGUUGGUUAUGAUAUGGCUUACAUGUUUGCAUAUAGCAUGAGGGAGAAAACUCAUGCACAUAGAAACUAUGUGGAUGAUGUUCCAGAGAAAGUGAAGCAGAGGAGGCUGACCGAACUUAUAGAGGCUUUCCGUGAGAGCACAGGUCAGUGUUAUGACUCACAGGUGGGAACUACCCAACUCAUCUUAGUAGAAGGACCCAAUAAGAGAGCUCCGGAUACAGAACUCAUUGGCAAGAGUGAUAGAGGCCAUAGAGUUUCUUUCGCUAACGUGCUGUUACCACAUCGAGAUGCUGAUUCAAAUGAGGAAAGGAAUCCCGUAGUUGGUGAUUAUGUUGAAGUGCGUAUUUUGAAAUCUACAAGAGCAUCCCUAUUUGGAGAGGCUGUUGCAAUAAGUAAAUUGAGCUUGUUUUACGACAAUGUGGAGGAAGAAGCUGUUGCCUGUGGAAGUAGAAGUUGAACAAAGCUGUUCAUGAAUAUGCACGCUAGUUGAGCUGCUCAUGAAUGUUGCAGUAGUUUUACUUCUUUAUGUAAUUUAUCGUUACAGAAUUACUUCAUUCAUGUUUUGUCAAAGGUGGAUGCUUGGAGCAGCUUCUUGCUUGAAGGUUGGGAAUUUAUGGAUGCUGGUAAAACAACGAUCGGUUCAAAUUAUGCAUUUGGUCGUCCUUGCCCCUGACAUUUGGUUUUUUGGGGACUCUGGCAGUGUAUAGCUUUGACAUUCUCAAUGACAAGUAACAGCCUCAACCUUCAAAAAGGUUAGGGUGCUAGUGCAACGUUUUUGCCUUUGAUAUAUAACGAGUUGUGAUAAAGAUCUGAUGAAAACCUAUGUAAUUUGAUAUAUGAGAUUUUCACCUUUCCACCCUA